AAAAGAAGUAGAGUAAGUGUAAAUUUAUUAUUUUAAGAUCAAAGAUCUAAACAUUUACUCUGCUUUUUUAGAACAAAUUGAUAAGAUUUUAUUUUUAGUAUUGACUUGAAGAUAUGUAUUUUUUGUUUGCAAUCAAUUAUAUAGGUUGCACUCUCAUAUUCACCGCCACUGAAAAUAUAUAGUUCGUGUCACAUGUAUUAUAGAUUUUCAGUACUACAUGAAGCAGCCACAUGGAUGCAAAUAAAUGGUGGCUUUCAGCGCCAUCUUUGACACACAUCUAAGUUAUACCAAUGUAAAAUUGGGACAUACAAAAUUUCCUAUAUCGACGCUCUCCCGUGAAAGUUACAUUCCAUAAGCGCACGGAACACGUAACAAGCGCUACAUUUCCACUAUGAAAUUGUUGCGAUAGGCACAUGUGCUUACGUGGACGACUGAGCAGUUUUGUGUUUCGUGGAAGGAUUUAAAAAUACGUGUUUCUUCCUCUGAAAGUGAAAAGCAAACAUCCUCUAAUGUCAGUGCCAUCGUGAACGGUGUUAAGCUUCAAUAUUAUAGUCAACAUGAACGGCACAUCACGAAAAGUGAAAAAUCCGUUGUUGUCAGCCGCUGGUCCUGGCUUCCCUUUUGACAAUUACACGGAGAACACAUUGCUAAUGCCAGUCACACCCGCGACACCAGCCGUGCUUCGAGAUGAUACUGAGCUCGACAAUUUCAUAGGCCAAGAGAGGGUGAAUAUUCAAUCUCAGUCUCCAUCAAGGACGAAUGAGAAUUCUCCCACGAAUGUAUCCUCUCAGCCAAAAGAAAAUAAGGAUACAUCAAAUCAAUCGUCAAAACCAGGAUAUUUCACAUCGAUUCUCUCUUCUCUACCAAAUUUGUCAUUGUCAUCGACUAAAACUGAUUCCUUGGGAUCGCAGAUAAGUCAGGUACCCGAGAACACCAGCGGAACGACGCACGAGUCUAAUCCUUACAUAACGCCACAAGCACGCCAUGGUUCUCAGCCAGAAAUAUCAGGAUUCUUAGCAAUUAAUCCUCAGGAUUCUCGAAGUACAAACUUGUCAGAAUUUACUGCUUUUGGUCCCACUGGUACUGUACCCAAUCCUCCGCAACCCACAGCUCCACCCAGUAUAUCUCAAUCUGGCGGUGACUCCGUUUCUUAUCGACUUGGUAAUCAACGACGCUUGAAAUAUGCACAACCACCUGAUUUAACAUCUACUAACUCAAAAUCAUAUCUGAGUCCAGCAUUACAAACAUUUUUACCAACUCAAAACGUCUCUGCACCACCAACUAUUUUGAAUCCAUAUGAAUUAGAAGGAUCAGUACAAGAUAAUAAUUUUAAUAUACAGCAGACUAGUUCUUUACCCGAGCAACUUCCAACAUCUGAACAACUAUCGCGGAAUAGCUCUCUCCAUAGUUCAUUUCGAUCCAGUCCAGUUGCAACAGGAACAGCAUAUAAUUUAUCUGUAACGUCUACAAAUCAAAAUCCAUUUUUUGAAAAUUCUUCUGUAUCGCAAUCUGCUUUGUCAGCGUCUCGACAGAUACCUUCACAAGUAUUAGAGCCUGCAACGCCACAGAAUACUCCAGCUAAUGUUUCAUUUUCCGACUUUUCUCCUUACGUAAAUCGAGAUCUUCUACCGACAUCUAAUUCAAACAAAGAAACACAGAACACUGCUGUGCCUAAGAAUCCUAAUCAGCUAAAUUCUUCAUUGGAAUUUUCGAAAAAUAGUGUCAUCGAGACAACCGCGGAAUCUGCAUAUAAGCCAUCAUUGAUAUCAACUAUCGGGGAAACAGAAGCGACAUUUACGCCAAUAUCAGCAGCCAAAGUGACGGAAAAAUUAGAAUAUUUACUUGCAAAACAGCAGGGAAAUUCUUCUUGCGUAGCAUCCUCCGAAGCUUCUUCGGAAAUUAGUGAAACUACGUCCAAUGUCGCUGAUAUAACAAAAUCCAAUGUCGCUACUGAUAUAACAAAAUCUUUUGAAUUACAAAGCGAUGCCUCAAAGGCUACGAAUGAGUUAAUCGAUAAACCAUACGAGACGAAGUCGGAUUAUCUACAAGGGAAAGCUGCUCAACCUGGAAGUGACACAUGGAGUGACGUGUUUCUUGGGCAAGAGCCAGCGGCACAAUCAGUGAUCCGCCCGGAAAUACACACUAUUGAUAACAGUCCGAUAACGGAUCUUCAAGCGGCUAAGUCAAACGUACAUCCGCUUCAACAGCAUUUCCAAGUGCAAUCAAUAUCUAUGCCAAGCUCUACUUUUUAUACAGAGAAACCCGCAGAACAAAAAUCGAGUUUAAACUACAUACCGCCUGUCCAACAGCAAAAUAAUUUCUACAAUCCACCAAAACUAGCAGAGCAGUCAGCAAAUGUGUUCUUUGAAUCCGUGAAACCAAAUCAAUUCCCGAAUUUUUCAUCGCAGGAUAGAAAUACAAAAUCUUUGUUUGACCAAUCAGUAGUUAAUACAACAAAUAAUCUACAGCAAACUCGAGAAAAUUCUGCAUUUAAUUCUAAAACAAUCGAUUCCGCGGCUCAUGUGCCAUUUUGGAAUGUUGAUCAAUCCUCCCAAUCGCAAGUGUUAAGCGCAGCAUCCAGUCCGCCAGCAUAUACAGCGACAAAUCAACCAGCAUAUACUGAGACCAGUCAAUCGCCAUAUACCGCUCCUAUCCAACAAUUAACGCCAGUAUUUUAUAAUCCUGCCCAAUUUGCGAAUGAACAGUCUAAGCAAGUAAUUUUUACACAUACAUACGAUCAAUAUUCUUCUCAACAACAAUCAUAUCAAAACUCAACAUUUUACGGAAGCAACAGUGAACUACAGCAGUCCUACGCUGCUACUGAAAAUAGUAUCGCAUAUCCUUCACCGACUGUCUUGAUGACAGUAGUACCUGAACCGACAGGAUCAGCAACACUUAGUCCUAUUCAAAUGUCGAUCAAUUCACCGACUAAUCGCACCACACCAGAUGCCGUACCACCCAGUUUUCAAAAUUGGGCCUCUGGAUCUUCUGAUAAACGUAUGCAAUACAGACCCGUAUAUCAUCAUUGGUUCUACCGUAAGGAAGUGGAGAACAAAACAUUAUGGUUGCCAUUCUCCAUGCAGGACAGUUUGAAGUUAGAAGAAGCUCACAAUUCCAGCGAUAUUACGCCUGAAACUACAGUAGCUACCGAUGGUGGUCGUUACGAUGUUGAUAUCUUACGCCGUCAAAGAGCACCUGUCUAUUGGACAGGUACAUCUACCGAAGUUAGGCGAUGUUCCUGGUUUUUCAAAGGAGCAACCGAAUCAAGAUACGUUCCUUACAAUGAGAGCACUGCUGUGAAACUUGAAGACGAAUAUAAACUGGCAUGUCUCUCAAACAGUUGGAACCGAAAAGUUGAACUAAAUAAUGGAGAAUAUAUUAUCUUCCAUAGCGCUACAGUCCAGGUUCAUUAUACACAGCCAACUACUCCCGACGCGACAGGAUCCUGGGGAAAUAAUACCGGUUCAGAGGACAGUACAUAUUUACAGGGUUCUGCAAGUAAACCAAAAGUUGUUAAAAGAGGAGUUGACGAAUUCAAUAUAGAUGAGGGUGAACCAGAGAAAGUAGAUCAUCUUUUAUUUCUCGUUCAUGGUAUUGGUAGUGUUUGCGAUCUAAAGUUUCGCACUGUAGAAGAAGUCGUGGAUGAAUUCCGAAGUAUAUCGUUUCAAUUGGUACAAUCACAUUAUCGCACUGCAAGCGAGCAAGGAAUCGUAAAUAGAAUAGAAGUUUUACCAAUUUCCUGGCAUACAACACUUCAUACCGAUACAGGAAUUGAUAAGCAGCUUCAAUCUAUUACGUUGGAAAGUAUUCCGAAAUUACGACAUUUUACUAACGAUACUUUGCUCGAUAUACUUUUUUACACUAGUCCGAUAUAUUGUCAAACUAUCAUGCAAACAGUUGGAAGUGAGAUGAACAGAUUGCAUGCAUUAUUUAAAGAAAGAAAUCCUAAUUUUGAUGGUGGAGUAUACUUAGGCGGUCAUUCAUUGGGUAGUUUAAUCAUGUUUGAUCUAUUGUGCCAUCAAAAGCCAAAAGAGGAAGAAAAGGAAGACAAUGAAGACAAUGAAGAAGUAAGUAAUAAAAAAGAGACAAUAUUGGACCCAUUAAACCAAUGCCCGCGGCUGUUCUUAAAAAGAUGUCUGAGUAGACGAAUCAGUUAUGUAAUGGGCGCGGCAGGAACAGGUCAACCUUACAUACAUUAUCCGCAACUCAAUUUUCACCCAUGUGCCUUCUUUGCUCUUGGCAGUCCGAUUGGCAUGUUCGUAACGGUUCGAGGCAUCGACACUCUUGGAGAAGAUUUCACUUUGCCUACUUGUCCGGCUUUCUUCAAUAUCUUUCAUCCAUUUGAUCCAGUAGCUUAUCGAGUUGAAUCCCUAAUUAAUCCUGAAGCUAGUAAUUUCCGACCUAUGUUGAUACCACAUCACAAAGGCAGGAAAAGAAUGCAUUUAGAAUUAAAGGAAACUAUGGCACGUGUCGGAGCGGAUUUGAAACAAAAAUUAAUUGAUUCCGUUAGACAUACAUGGAACUCUUUCUAUCAAUUAGCCUUAUUUCACAAGCCAGACAACCAAACUUUGGAACGUGAAAUUGAUAAAGUUGUUGAAGAGCAAUUACAGAAACCGCCGAGUGUAUCAGAUCAACAUAACAACGAUGAUGGUGGUGCCGAUUUAAAAAUAGGAAAACUUAACGGUGGUCGAAGAAUAGAUUAUGUUCUUCAAGAAGCGCCUUUCGAAUAUAUUAAUGAAUAUAUUUUUGCUCUUACAAGUCAUAUCUGUUAUUGGGAAUCUGAGGAUACUAUGCUUUUGAUGUUGAAGGAGAUAUAUGGAUCUAGAGGUAUUCAGACUGAUACCCAACUUCCUCAGCAAUCAUUGUCAAUCGAAAGAAUAUCUCCUUCUCCAUCUUUAAAAUUAACAACUGCCUUGUCACCUAGUGCAAGUAACGUAGGAACAUCACUUGCUAUGGGCAUAGAUCCUACAGUGCCUAUGUCCAGUAAACCUGUCGGUCCACCACCUAAGACUGGUUUUGUACCAAAAUCCUGAUCGACAGAGUAUUUUUCCUAUAAUUAUAUUGUAUUGCAAAAUUAAAUUGUAUUAAUAGGAAAAUUAAUUUUAUGUUUAAUUAGUAUAAAACAAAAAAUACAAUCGGUUAACAUUAACAUAACAUCCUACAUUAACUAAAAGUAGAAUACAAAAAUUAAAUUAAAUUUAAUAUUUUACAUUUUAUUUAAAUUUAAUAUUUUUUUAUAGUGUUUUUCCACUAUUUGUAAAUUUUAAUAAAACACUAUUUAACGAUAUAUAAAUAUGAAAUAUUAAUUGCACAAAAUUGGCCUAUAUAAUUAAGCUUAAAACGAGCUGCAAUUUAUAAAAUCAGUUGUUAAAUGUAAACGACAAAGGAUGUAAAUAAUUCAAUUUAUUAAUACGUUGAAACGAUAGACAAUUUUUCAUUGUAAUUUACGUUUAUUUGCGUAUUGAUAUUUAUUGUAUCAAUAUAUAUUGAUAUUAAGUUGUACGUAAUUGCGGUUGUAUGAUCAAAAAUAUGUAUGGAGUAUUGAAUAGAAAAGAAAGAAUAGAAAAUGGGAAUGUGCAAAUGAUACCGUAUAAAUAUGAUUUAUGAUUUAUCCGGAUAAAGAUACAGUAGAUUACAUAAAUUUUCAUAAUUCGCUUGAACGAAUUAUAAACGAAUUACCGAUUUUAAUUCGCGCUAUGUACGCGCAUAUUUUAAUAAAUUACUGUAUUCUUUUA